GUGAUGACGACGUUUCUGCACUUGUUGUCGACAACGGUUCUGGGAUGUGUAAAGCUGGAUUUGCUGGAGAUGAUGCACCUAGAGCAGUGUUCGCCAGCGUCGUUGGAAGACCAAGAUACCAGGGAGUCAUGGUAGGCAUGGGCCAGAAGGACUCCUACGUGGGCGACGAAGCGCAGAGCAAGCGCGGCGUCCUCUCCGUCAAGUACCCCAUCGAGCACGGCAUCAUCACCAACUGGGACGACAUGGAGAAGAUCUGGCACCACACGUUCUACAACGAACUACGCGUUUGUCCCGAGGAGCACCCGGUGCUGCUCACCGAGGCGCCAAUGAACCCAAAGGUCAACAGGGAAAAGAUGACGCAGAUCAUGUUCGAGACGUUCAACUCUCCUGCUAUGUACGUGGCCAUUCAGGCGGUGUUGUCGCUCUACGCUAGCGGCAGGACCACCGGGAUAGUGAUGGACUCCGGGGAUGGGGUGUCGCACACCGUUCCCAUUUAUGAAGGUUAUGCCCUUCCCCACGCCAUUCUUCGUAUGGACUUGGCAGGACGAGAUCUCACCGAUUACCUAAUGAAACUACUGACGGAACGGGGAUACAGCUUCACGACCACUGCAGAGCGAGAAAUCAUCAGAGACCUCAAGGAAAAAAUCUGCUUCGUGGCUUUGGAUUACGAACAAGAUCUCGCAAUCGCAAGAAACACAAAUUGCUUCGAAAAAUCCUAUGAAUUACCGGACGGACAAAUUAUCACGCUAGGAAACGAAAGGUUCCGGUGUCCUGAGGCUAUAUUCCAACCAGCUUUGAUAGGAAUGGAGACCCCCGGAAUAGCAGAAACGACCUAUCUCUCAAUCAUGCGAUCAGACAUGGACAUCCGCAAAGACCUCUAUGCCAACAUAGUCCUCUCCGGAGGCAGCACCAUGUUCCCUGGAAUCGCCGAUCGCAUCCAGAAGGAAGUCGCAGCCUUGGCGCCGGCUUCCAUGAAGCUGAAAAUCAUCGCGCCUCCUGAACGAAAGUACUCCGUUUGGAUUGGGGGCAGCAUCUUGGCCAGUCUGACCACCUUCCAGCAGAUGUGGAUAUCCAAGAUGGAGUACGAGGAAGCUGGGCCCGUUAUUGUGCACAGAAAAUGCUUUUGAACGGUGGUGUG